GAUAUAAAUUUGGAAGCAGAAGAGAAACUUCAUAAUGGAGGACAUCAUCGAAAGAAGUGUGAAAAAGAUGGAGACUUGGAUUUGGAAGGGUUGAAAGAGAGCUGUGAAAGAGCAAGACAUAAACUGAAACUUCAUUUAAGCAGUAUCAGAGAGAACAUAGCUCCUGCUUUUACUGGUGAUAUAAAGGACACUUCCUAUCUUCAGAAUAAGCUACAUGAGUUAGAGGCCUUAAAGAGUAAAGGUGAAACUUCAUGGAAAGUGUUUGAAUCCAUGGCCGCCAUGCUAGAAAAACGUUCAGGUGAAAUGGAGAAGUCUGACACCACUAAACAAUCUCAGGAGGAACUGCUGAGAGAAUGGAACGAGCUCCAGUUGACUUUAAAUAAAAGGAUGGAACCUAUAAAGGCUAUUUUGACGCUUGUUUUGCCAAUAGAAAAUGAGUGGGUUCAGUUGUGCAACUUAGAAGAGCAGCUUCGCAAAAGGGACAUACCACAGUGCGUGCUGCAGAAUAUGGAACUUCCACGUAAAAAAGUGAAGAAAAUUCAGACAUCUAUAGCAAAUUGUAUUGGGUGGUGCAGUCAGCAAGAGCAAAUCAGGCCCACAGGAGGGAAAGUUGACCCAGCAGACUGGCAAGUGGCAAGUGCAAUGAUUGGUGAAUACAAAAUACAACUGGAAGAACUGGAUCAUAAGACACAGACCAUUGGAGCAAUCUUGCAAGAUCUUGAAACUUUCCUGAGGCAUGUCAGAGCACCUGCGAAGGUUUCAGACCCUUUCAGCCAUUCUCCUCAACUGACAGAGGCUUGCAAGAUGCACAAAGAGGCCAGACUUCUAGAUGACAAGUUGACACGAGCCCGUAUCCGCUUGGAAGAUCCUGAAUCGGGGAAAAAAGUGAGCUGCAAAGAGCUUGUUGCAGCUUUGUGUACAAAGGAAAUCCCAGCUGUUGGUUCUGCAGAAAAAGAAGAAGUUGUCCAGACUGAGGAUGUUCGGGAAGAAUUUUCACCGAAGAACAGUGAGCUCUAUAAAAGUCUCCAAGACAUACGUGAUAAGAUCCGUAUGAUAGGGCUGAGGGAUCCAACAAUUCCUGCUGCUCAACAAAGAUUGAAGUUGCUGACUGAACUCAGGCAGAAUCUUGAUUGCCAUGCUGCAGACAUGAGAUCCUUAAAUGAAAGGACUAGCCUGCUUUCCCAUUUCCCAAAGGCUGAACAAGAAGAGCUGAAGCACCAGUGGAAGCUUAUAGAGGAUUUAUGGAAAGAAACCAAGCUCUCUAUUACUGAAAAGCUGGAGCACUGUGGCCGAGUAAUAGAGCUCUUGAAGCAAUAUCACAGUUGCAAAAACUGUCUGAUGAGCAUCAUUCUGAAGCAAGAACAUGUCCUGUCACAGCAGGUGUCUUACAUGGGAAAAGACAACCUUCAGAGGAUAACUGCCAAGGUCAACAUGGCAAAACAGGAAUUUAACAGCCAUUCAGAAGAUGUUGACAGAAUAAACCAGAUCUGCAAAAACCUUCAGUCCCAGUUGAACAAAAUUAAGAGCUUUGAGGAGCCGCCUUUCGAGAAUGAGGCUAACGCUAUUGUGGACAGAUGGCUGGAUAUCAGUGAACGAACCGAAAACUAUUGUGAUAAUUUGGGAAGAGCUCUGGCUUUAUGGGACAAACUCCUUAAUUUAUCUAGUUUGAUCGAUGAAUGGUCAAAUACAGAGCUGAAGCACUUAGAAGAACGCAGCCUGACUGAGAAGGAGCUGGCAGAGUUGGAGGCUGGUUUACAGUUCCAAGGGAAGAACUUAGAGGAAUUUGACACAAAGGUGGAUGAAAUUCAAAAUCUCCUCAAUGGCAGUGAGCCUCCUCUUGAAUUACAGGUCAUCAAAUCCUCUCUUUUGAACAAAAUGGAACUAAUAAGAAAGCACUUAUCAAACAAGUCGAUACCCACUGAACUCAAUGGCAAUACAGCAGAGCUAAAAGGAGACCUUGACCUGGCCAAGACACAAAUUGGAAUGACUGAAUCGCUUCUGAAAGCUUUGUCUCCUUCUGAUACUCUGGAGAUCUUUACUAAAUUGGAGGAUCUACAUCAGAAGAUUCUGCAACAAAAACACCACGUGGAAUCACUUCAAAAACGACCAGGUUGUUUUAACCCUGAAGUGACUGAAUUAAAGGAGCAGCUUCAAAGUGUCACUGACUUAUUUAAUUCAAAGAAGCAAAUUUUUCAGGAUCACUUUACUACUCUCUUGAACUAUCAGUGUAAGGAUUUUGAUGACUGGUUCAGCAGUAUGCAGCUCUCUCUCAAGGAGUGUUUUGAACCAUCAGAAACAAAGGAGAUGCUAGAAGAGAAAAUUCAGCAGCUGAGGAGCUUCCUCACUUCUGAAGGCAAAGACAGUGACAUCUAUGAGGUGAAAACUCUCCUGAGCCAGGUGAAGCACUAUUUGCCCAGAGCAACUGUCUGCCGGCUGAGCAACUGGGUGAGGGACAAAGAAGUGGCAUUACAGAAAGUAACUUCCAAAUGUCAGGUGCAAGAAGAGGAGCUGUGCAUCUCUUUACAGCGGUUUGCUAGGCUUGAAGAUGACAUUGGUAGACUGGCAGAAUGGUUAAAUCUUCAGGAACUGCAAGAGAGUGAAAUGGAGAAGCCAGACGUUGAACACUUUUAUCAAACUCUCCUAAAACAGAGAGAGUCAUUUGAUUAUUUUGCUUGGCUGACCAGUUCUUUGCGGAGUUCUGGAUUUACUUGCGAUGAAGUGGUACUAGAAUCUGCUCAGAUUGUCAGCAGGUACAAGACGUUGCUCAGCCGUGUACGUAAAAGCCUUGGAGAUUCUCAGGGACUUUCUGUAGAAGAGAAGAAUUUUGAAGAACUUGCCCAAAGCAUAUUCUCCUGGGUGCAGCGGGUGAAUGAAAUGGUCUUUGGGCUGAACUCUGAAGAAUCCAAGACUCCUCUGGAAGAAAGGCUUUGCCAAAUAAAGGAAAUCAUGUUGCUAAAAGAGGAAGGCAAUGCAAAAAUACAAAAUAUUAUAGCUCUGGGGGAGAAUGUGAAGAGUGCUGGUGGGAGCAAAACUCAAGCUAUUCAGCAAAUGGUUUCUGAUGUCCAGAAUCAGUGGGAGAGCACCAUUCAGCUGGCUGCUGAGUAUCUGAGGCGAAGUAAGAAUGAAGAACAGCUCCAGAAUCAGAGGCAACAACACAAGAGAAGAGAAGAUGAUACAAGAGCAGCCUUGUAUGAUUCUGAGACACAGAAGCUGGAAAUAAGUAUUUACCCUGGCUUGCAAAGUCAGUUAAUAAACUAUUCCGCUCUCCAAGAGGAAGCUGAAGAUUUAUCUUUACUCUUAAAUGAACUAGCAAGGCAGCAUAGUUCCCUGGGGGAUUUAACCGAAGAAUCAUUGAUGGCCUUGCAGCAGCUCCAUGAAAGUCUUCUUGAUCGGUUACAGAAUACAGCAAUGCUCUUGGAAGGAAAUGUGGAGGAACACCAACAUUGCAAAGAGCUGAUGACCCACUUGAGGGCAACUCUGAAUGAGCUUUGGGAUCCUGAUGAUGAAGAGCAAAAGCAGGUACGGCAAGAUACUCUUUGUCAAAUUGAAAACAUACUACAGCGGAUUAUAGCUGUAGUUGAAAGCCAAAAAAAGAAAACCAUUUCACUGGAGCAGCUGUGUAUUAGGGAUGAGAUGGAUGCACCACACAGUAUAUGCAAGAAGCAUCCUAAGAUUAAAGGUGGGCUUGUGGAGCAAGACCCUGAGAAUGUCCUGAAUGAUGCGUUCAGACAAGAUCAUAGUUUUUCAGAUGAUGGGCAGACUCUAAAGAAGGUAGAUGAAAUUGUCUUUGAUGCUGAAGAGGACAGUGCAAUGGAAGUGCUUGAAGGAGGCCAAGAGGGACGUUCAGAGCUAAAAGGCAGUUGGAUGGGCACCCACAAUUUCCCUGAUUCGACAGUCCAGAGUGGAAAGUGGCUGCAGAGAUCAGGACAAACAGCAGCUGAUGAUAAUCGUCUCCACGAGCUUCAGCAGCGACAGCUCGGCUAUCAAAAGAAAUUGCAAGCAAUGCGUGGCUGUUCGGAAAUGCCUCCCACCACUUUGCCACUAAUGAAUGGAAAAAUAAGGGAGGUUGGCCCCAGUCCUUCAUCCAUUACCCGUCCCUCAUCAGAAAGUGUGGGCUCAGCAGUAGAAAUAGUUUCCCAGAGAAAUCUUCUUCUUCCUGGAGACCAAGCACUUGAAGAAUAUGCUGAGAUGGAACAAAAGGUCAAUAAGAUGAAGAUCUGGACUGCAGAGUUAGAUAUUGUGUUGGUGAAUGACCAUCUUAAAGAGAUUGAGAAAUUGUGUACUCAGCUGGAAAAACAGAAAACUGAAGCUACAGCUGCGGAAAGAAGCAAAUCAGAUCCACAUAAUGUGUCUUCUUCUAAUUGGGAUAAACUGCUUCAGGAUUUAAUGGCUGUUAAAGAGGCCAAGCAAGAACAGCUGCAUUUAGUUAAUAACUAUCAAGAAUGCUUUGCUCAUGUCCAGUCUUCAAUGAAGCGUUUGUCAACAGAAAAAGAAAACCUAAAAAUAAGGGGAUCUAUGGAGGAUACUGUUCUCCUUGAGAAUAUUAAGAAGUACUUAAAAUCCAUAGAAGAAGAGAGAGUCCUUCUGAGCAAGCUGAAAACUGAACAGGAAAAUCUAUCUAGGCAUUUAACUAAGAUGGACAAGGCAUUAACACAAAGCCAAGUGGACCAGGUUGAGAGAUGGUGGAAGCAAAUGGAAGACUCACUUCAGAGGAAACAGCUCUGGGUUGCAGCAGAAGCUGAUGAAUUUAAACUUUUUAUGAACAAAGCACAGGACCUCCAAAAGCUGCUGCAGGAGCAGCACCGUUUGCGAACAGGUCUGUGUGCAUCUAAUGGAGAACACUAUGUGUACCCAGCACUGAUGGCCACAGAAUUACAGACUCUUAAACACAGUGUUUCUCUGUUGAGAAGGGGUGUCGAGAUGCAAAUGAAAAAAAUUUGGAGUGAUGCAGGGAAAAGAGCUCUGGAAGAUGCAGUAAACGAUUUACAGAACCAGAUGGAGGAGCUGGAGCAGCUGACUCCAAAGGAGGACAUCCAGAUAACUGACAACUAUCCCCAGAUGUCUGAAAUUACCAGGAAGAUAGAGGAGGCCAUCUUAUGGGCCAGAGUCUCUGAGCUUUAUCUUGAUGAGAAGGUAGCUCUUUUUCCAGAUGAACUGUUGUCACAAAUCCAAAGCUGUAAGGUUCUGCUCAGUGUCGCUAAAGAGAAAGAACCAGCUGUUAUACAGCUGGUAGAUGAGGCCCAACUUAUUGCUCCCCAGCUGGCUUCCAGGGAAUCUUCUGCCCUUGACGUCCUUGCACAUGAGUUAAAAACCUGCCACCAGCGUCUUGUGCUGAAAUUGGUUCAGAGGGUGCAACAGCUGGAACCACAGUUUGAGAAGAGACAAAAGCUUUUUGCAGAUGUAGACAAAGUUCAAAGCCAACUUUGGAAGGCAGAGAGGAUGUUCAGCCUGGAUGCAGGUGAACCAAGUGUCAAGUCAGAGCUGGAGCAGUGGUGGGUCAUCUCAGAAAAGAUCCCCCAGGAGAUUCAGGAGGCAGAAGGAUUAGUAGAUGCAAAUUACAAGGAUCCACCUCAGAGGCUAAACAUAUUUGAGCAAUUAUUUUUCAAUGAUUGUUUACGAAGCUUCAAGAGCAGAGCAAAAAGAGCCCUCAGGCUAAUCCAGUGUAAGGACUAUACAAUACAAAACAAGAUAGAUAGCUGUGAAAAAUUCUCGGAAGAGAUCACGACACUGCAGCGGGGUCUCAGCAGCCUCUAUUUCCAGGGUAAUGCAUUGGAACUGGAUUUAAAGAAACGGUUCCCCACAAAUCAAGAGUUUAAGAAUAAAUGGAGUGUGCUGAGAGAGAGAGCUUUAUCAUUCCUGGAAUGUUUGACACACUUAGACAAAUACAAAGAGAUCUGGGAAUUCCUGGAUCUGAAAUGGGAUGCAUCACGUCUUGAUGAAUUGCAAAGCCAGUUGUGCAGAAUGGAAAAUCACCUUGGGCAGAGGGUUAAACACUCUGAGAACUUUUUCACAGAGUACAACAGACACCAAAUAGUGCUCAGUGAGGCUGAGGCUAUUGUAUCUAAUAUACAGAGAGACUGUGAUGUUCUGAAAGAUGGUUCAGAUGCCAUCCCUGAAACCAAUCUGAUAUCAGAAAAGGUUUUGAGCUGGAGAAUACAACACGCCAGGCACUUAACUCAGGAUGCACUAAGGCUGUUAGAUAAAAACGAGGCUCUCUCAGCCUCUCUCAAAGAGGCCAAGAUGCAGGAAAUGAAGAGUCUGUGGGCAAAAAUAGAUGGAGUGACUCGGAUGAUCCAAUCUAAGAUACUGGCAGUUCAAGAAAAAUACCAACAUGAACAAGGGCUUAAGAGCAUGCUGAAUCAUAGCUUAAUGACCUUAAAGCAAAUUCAGUCUGAGCUCCAACAGCCCCUUCUGCUUGACUUGGAAAUUCACAUGAUUCCUUGUGAAAAGAUGUACUGCAGAGUGCUUGAAGAUGCUGUAGAAACAGAAUGUUGUGCUGUGGAAGACUUCUUGAAAAGAAAGUCUCAGGAAGAGAAAUAUUCCCUCCCUAAUAUUUUUGGGAGAGAAUUAGGGACUUUGCGAAAUCUGAAAAAACAGUUGAAAGCUGAUAUUGCUGCACGUAUGCAUGCCAUAGAUGAAGACUUUGGCACUGUGAGGUGUUACAUCGAAGCUGUUCAAAAGGCUGCCAAUCUCCUCCAUCAGUGUGAAGCUGUUCUCUCCACUCCAGGGCUCAGCUUGGAUGAGCUGGAAAAGGAGUCUAUCCUCCUUACUUCCCAGAAACAAGAGGAAUUUGAGACUGCCAAGACCAAAGUAGAAGCAUUGACCUCCAUGCUGGAGAAGAAAGUUAAACAAAGAGCCAGUCUGCAACUGCAAAAAACACUUAGUGAUCUUGUUGCUGGGAGUUUAAUAAUAAGAGAAAAGGCUCAAAAAAGAAAAACUGAUUUGCAGAGAUGUUUGGAAAAAUACCAACACUUCAAAAAAUCCAGAGAUAUGAUAUGUGCUAAUCUCAAUGAUGUGAAAAAGGUGCUUCAGAAAGCUUUGGGACAUAUUCCAGUGUCUUAUAAAGAAGCUUUAGAGCAGUCGGAACAGAGCAAGAUGCAGGUUUCCCGACUAGUUUCAACUGAAGAGGAUCUAAUGAAGUUGAGGCAAGAUUCAGGACACCUCAGCCUGAUAUGCAAAGAAAAUGAUUGUGUGCUGAUGGGCACCAUUGUGUCAACACUGUGGCUAAAAUGGAUUCAUCUACUUAAUGCUGCAAAAGAAUGGGAGGGCAUAUGUGAAGAACAGAACCAGGAAUGGAAAUCUAUCAAUGAAGAAAUGGAAAGAGAAACAAUAAUUCUAGACAAUCUGCUGGAAGAACUUCCUGAAAACCCCAAAGAGAAGGAAAGUGUCACCAAAGAAGAACUGGAAGAACUUCUAGAAUGUACAGACUAUUACAAGGAAAGUGUGGAUGCUGAGAGGUUAUUGCUCUGCAUAAUACUUCAGCGCUUAAGGAGCAUCCUGGGUAUUCCUGAAAGCCCUCCUGGGAAGAAAGACAUUCCUGUUGUGUGUGAAAUCCAAACCAUGCAAGACAGAAUAAAAGAGCUUUGUGAAAAGGUUCAAAUGCAAAAGGAUGCUUUGCAGUCAGAGAAAGAAGACCGGGCCAAAGUUAAUGAGGAAAUACGUAUUCUGAAAAUUUCAUUACAGUGUACACUGUCUUUGAUCUGCAGCAUGGAUGGAGAAACCCUUAAUGCAAAAGCAAAAAAACUUGAGGAGAUCCAGAGAGCCAUCAUUACUCAGAAGCAAACUCUUGAACAGGUCAUGGAGAAAUUACGAAUCAAGUACACUGACAUGUAUACAAUAGUUCCUGUUGAAAUUGAAACACACUUGGAAGAUUGUAAAGAAACACUGAAAGACCUGGAAGAAAAGGUCAGCGACGAACUCCUGAAAAACUCCCCUUACCAUAUCACAGAUAAAAAAAUAGAAGACAUUAACAAGGGCCUCCAAGCAAUUAGAAAUAUGUUACAACAGAAGAGUGAGGACAUUGAAAAAGCGAAAGAAAUUCAGAAGAGAAUCUGGGAUCUGCUAGAUCUUUGGCAUUAUAAAAUGAAUGAACUGGAUUCAGAUGUUCAGGACAUAGUAGAGCAAGAUCCCUGCCAGGCUCAGGAGCUGAUGGAUCGCUUGAUGAUUCCUUUGCAGCAAUAUCAACAAGUUUCACAGCUGGCUGAGCGCAGAACUGCAGACUUGAACAGGGCAACUAGCAAGAUGGAAGAAUGUGAUGAACUGCUGAAGAGCACCCAUGUUUGGCUUGAAAACACCAGUCAUUUGCUCACAGGGGAAUGCAACAGUGACUCUGCAAAAUCUUUGAAUAAACAUGCCAGUGCGCUCCAAAUGGCAUUUGAAGAUUCAGAACAAAAGCAAAGCAUUCUCAGUGCUAUUUACCCAGAACUGGAGGAGUUGUCUGCAUUAGUUGAAACUGGUGGUAUGGUAAAAGAGUUGAAUAAUGUAAAUGAGCAAGUGAAAGCCUUACAGCAAAAGAUAAUGGAGAUUCUUCCACAUGUCCAGCAUUUGGCUGAUGAGGUGGAAGCUAUUGAAUCUGAAGUAAAAACAAUGGAGAAAGAUGUAGACAAAAUUAAGACCAUCUUGUCCCCUUCAGAAGACACACUCCAUUUUUCUCCUCAGGAGCAUCUUAAACAUGGCCAGGUUAUUCUGGCCCACAUCAGUCCCAUGCAGAAGGCACUUGUGGAGAUACAAUCCUAUAAAGAAAACCUGAGGUUACCAAACAUGAGGAUGCAACCUCUCUGUGUGUUCCAAAGAACAAAACAACUCCUGAAAGAAUUGAAGAGAUUAGAAAGAAUUACCAAGGAACAAAACAUGCUGCUUGAGCCAAUUGUGAAAGAAGUGGAAGAAAGCGAGCAAGAAAUAGACUUUCUGAAACAGCUCCUGUUCCCAAAGAGUGAUUUGGGUGAAUCGUCCGCAGAAUUCCCGUGGCCUGGGGAGCCUAGAUCCCAAAAAGAGGGUGUGGAGAUGGAAAAGAUAAAACAACAAAUUACCAUACUGUGCCAGAAGAAAGAGGACAUUUUGAUGGCUAUGAAGAACUCCUUGAUGGAGCUUCACCAACAGCAAAAGGACCCUGAACUGGAGGAUAACAUUUUGGAAUCACAAGAACCAGAGGAAAGUGGAGGUGGUGCUGAAUGGCAGACAAAGAAACGAGGAUCAGUGUCUCUUCUUCCUUCCUUGGUUGAAGAAGCUGAAGAUAAUUCAUUCCACAAUUCAGAUAUUGAUGCUGAUGAGCCCAAAGCCUUGCACAAUAGACCUGACCAGCAGAACAACUUCGUAUCCUUUGAGAGAAUAAAGGAACACAAGGAACAUCUUGGCCAUCAGAUCAAAGGCAAACCCUCCACUGGAGUCACAGACAUUCCAGAGUGCUUAUGGAGAACACUAGGAGGAGAAUCAAAGGAAACUGUGGACCCCGGUAGGCCCUGCUCUGACCCUGCACAGGUCCUCCAUGUGUGCCAAACACAAAUUGCUGAGUUGGAAAUAUGGCUAGAACAAACUAAGGAAUCCCUGAGGUCAGAAACCCAGACCUUCCAAAUGCAGCAGACAGUGGAGCAGCGUUUGGCUGCGUUCCAGGUCAUGUUAUCAGAGAUUGAACAAAAAGUGGUGUAUCUAUUGGAGGAUUGCAAAGACCGGCCAGCCAGUGAUAGUCCAUGCCUCCAGGAAGAAGCAGAGACCCUUUCCUUGAAACUUAGAGAUGUGAAGCUCAACUUGGAAAAAGUACAGGGCAUGCUCCAGGACAAACAUGCAGAAGGAGAGGUAAGCCUUGAAGAAAAAAUCUCUGAGAACAACUCACAACCUCUUUGCUUUGACCUCUCCAGUAUAUUUCCAAAUAUUACUUCAGACAGGUCUGUGGUCAACAGACCAAAUAGUUUACAGCAUCAACAGGAGCUCCUGUCAAAACUCUCUGAACAAACCAAUCUCAUUGACUUCAUUGCUGUGUAUGUGGAGAGGAUGCAGCCACAAUCUGAGGACAGCACAGUUCUGGAAUUACAACCAAGUCAUGAAGCACCAGUUUCAGAAAAUGAGUUCUGUGUUCUAACUCCAAAGGACCAAACAGGUGAUAAGUGGCAAUAUUUGCAAGAACAGCUGCUGUGCAAAAAGAAUCCCUAUCACUUUGAGCUUACUGAACCUCAGAUCUCUACCAAAAUAAAUAUUCUGCCCAAGGGUGCCACAUCAAGUGUGAAAACUCCAACCAUCGAGGAGCUGAAAAUGUACACUGCACAGCUUGGCAACCUAAGCCAAGAAGCAUCUGUUCAGAUACAGGAAAAUAUAGCAGGGGAUGUUCCAUUGAGCUUGGAUCAGAAACUCUUUGAGCUGCUUCUGGCAAUCAGCCGCUGCUUGAACAACAUGGAGCAGAUGUUAAGCACCUGCGCACUCACCAGUGAAGAAGCUCCUAUGCAACAGAUGCUCUAUGAGACUCUUUCUGCUGAACUACAAAAACUUCAUGUAGAUAUUGGUGAAAAAAAGGAAGAUCUUUUGAAGUCCAUCACUUCUGCUGGUGGUAACCCUGAGAGAUUCUCUCAGUGUUUUAUCAACUUGCAGACAUGGCUACAACAGACAGAAGCAGCCACUGCUUCUAGGAGCAAAUGUAUGAAAGCUGACUUGGACCAUUACAGUAAUUAUGAGAAUGAAAUCAGGCAAUUGUAUGAUGAGUUGAUUGAGAAGAAAUCCAUGCUGCAACAGUCCUUUGCUGCAACGAGUAGCCAUGGCAUUUCCAUGCCACUCCAGAACAUGGACAACUGUGAGUUGGAACUGCAGAACUUUGAAACUCGGACAGCUAAAUUAAGAGAGCAUGGAGAAAGACUUCAUUUGCCUGUUGCCCUAGUCCAUGAAGUGGAUAAAUUAGAGGAAGUGCUGGAUGCCCUGUGGAGGAUCCUGAGAGCUAAACAGAGGGAGCUAACAUCUCCAUUUAUUAGUGAACAACAACAUGAAGCUUUGUUACAGGGACUAGCAGAGCUCAUAGAUCUUGGCCAAGAGAAAGUUAUUCAAGUUUCCAACCUGAAAGCUAUCAGUCAAGCUAAUUUACAAUUUCACCUACAAAAUCACAAGAGCUUUUUCAGUAAUCUUAAGACUCACAUGCUGCUUGUGCAAAUGUGUUCCCAAAAAGUAGUACCUUCUGUAUUACAAGAGAGAGAGAGAUCCUGGAAGAAGAUGGUAGAGGAGGUCAAAUCAUUGGAACAGCAAGCUGUGCAACACGGAGCCUGUUUGGAAAGGCUGUUACAGGACUGGAUAGAAUUUGAUGACAGCUACCUGUCCUUCUAUCAAAAACUAGAGACUCUGUCUUGUGAGGUGCCUUCUGUGAGUCUGGUGGGAAAAACAGAGGAAAGGUUAAUGGAAAGAACUCGCCUCCUCCAGCAAAUCAAAAAGAAUAUUGAAUUGGAAAAGGCCAAGUAUCAUCAGCUAGUCAAAGAAGGGAAAAAUGUGAUGGAGUUUGUGAACUGUUCUGAACUGGAAAGCCAGGUUGGGAAGCUACAAGAGCAGUGGGCAGCUCUUUCUCAAAAAGUUGACCAUGAGCUUCAGAGAUUUGAAAGUUUACUCAAACUCUUGUCCAGCUACAACAGAGAGUCGAAGGAUCUGGAUAGCUGGUUGGCACUAGCUCAGCAGCGUGUGAAUGUCUGGAAGGACCAAUCGUUUCAUGCAUCCCAGGACCUCACCACUGUCAGAAACAAUAUACAGAGCUUACUUGAAUUCACUAAAGAAAUUGAUGAGAAAUCUUCCUUGAAGUCAUCAGUCAUAAGCACUGGCAAUCAACUCUUGCUUGUUAAGGAAUCAGAUGGUGCGGUGCUGCGCUCAUCUUUGACAGAAUAUGAGCAGAAGUGGGGUGAUCUGAUCACUCAGUUGCCAGGCAUCCAAGAGAAGUUUCACCAGUUCCAGAUGGCAAAGCUGCCAUCUCAUGAGGCCAUCACAGAAUUAACUGCCUGGAUGAAUCACAUUGACCAACAAAGAAAGAAUGAGGCUACUGUUGAUUUGCAGACUCCUGCGUGCCAAGUGGAAAGGCUUCUUAAGAAAUACAAGGAAUACCUGAUAGAAAUGAACUUCAAACAGUGGGUAGUUGAUUAUGUCAACCAGUCACUACUGCAGAUGACAACUUGUGAUGUUGAAAGCAAGCGUUAUGAGAGGACAGCAUUUGCAGAGCGACUUGGAGAAAUGAAUUUGCAGUGGCACAAGUUACAAGGGUCUCUUAAUGCAAAGACAAAGGAGUUGGAGCACAUUUUGGAAUCUGUUGCUGAAAAUGAAAGCAGAGCCCAGUCCUUGGGCAGCUGGCUAGAAGCACAAAGCCAAAGGCUAAAAGAGGCAGAGAAGCCAGCAAGUUCCCUCCUUGCACAGGACACAGCAGGAGUCUGCAAGGCACUAGAAAAUGAGCUUGCAGCUAAAUCUAAGGAUGUGGACCAAUUGAAACAGAACUAUGCACCUGUAGACUACAGUACUGAGGCUUCUGAAGAGACUGUGUUAAAUGUCAGUAGCUUGGCUGAACUGAGGGCCAAAGUAGCUAACCAGGUUGCACAGUUGAAGACCUUGACACAAUCUGCUUUGGAACACUGGAGAAUAUAUGAUGAAAUCUGGGGAGAUGUCAGGUUGAUGCUUGGAAGAUCUUUGUAUUACAUGGAGCAUAGCAAGUCUCCUGUGAUUACUUUUGAGACCAUAAAGAACCAAGUAGUAAAUCUCCAGUUUCUACAAGAUAAAACAGAAAGUAAUGAAGAAAUCUGGGCUAGACUCCAAACUGCUGCGGAUAACCUCAAGACGUUCUGUGAUCCCUUGUUUUCAGAGAUGAUUGAACAGAAACACAAGAAAGCACAAACGAGGUGGGCAUUGAUAAACAGAGAAAUUGAAGAUCAGCUACAGAAAGUGCAAACUUAUCUGCCCCUUUGGGAAUCGUAUAUUGGUUUGUAUGCUGAGGUGACUGCAAAACUGGACAGACAUGAAGAACGAUGCAAUUCCCUUUUGGUGCUAAAUAUACCUGCAGGCUGUACAAGAGACUUCUUUAAAGAGAAGGCACAGGACUUGAAGAAACUACAGUUUGGCCUUCAAAACAUCAAAAGAAAAUGUCUUCAGGCUUCUGAUAUGGCAGAUAAAAUUACUCAGCUAGUAGAGCCAACAGCACAGCCUCUUCUGGAGAAACUCCAACCACUUCAAAAGAUAUCCCAUUUGGAGAAGAUGCUGCAGAUUAAAGGAAAUGAAUUCCAGUUUGGUCUUUUGCAACUAGAGAGCUUUGAAAAUUGUUUAGAAAAACUGGAAAACCACAUUAAAGGAUAUACAGAAGCACUGGAUCAUCUACAUGAAGAAGAUAAAGACUCAGACCAACUCAUGAGCCAGAUGUUGAGCCUCGUUGCUUUGUCACCUGACAUGGAAACUCUGAAUGAAGUCAGCUUUAAGUUGCCUCUCGGUGAUGUCACUACAAAGAGACUGCAGAGCCUGAACUGGCAAUGGGCUCAGAAGACAGCCAUGGUUCUGGAACAAUGCAGUGAACUGCAGAACAUUCAGGAAGAUGACAAAGAGUUUCUCCAGCAAUGUCAAAACUGGGUGCAGUUCCUGGAGAGAAUGAAAAAAGGUUUGAAGGAAAACAUGGCAGGCACACAGGAGAAGCUGAAGGAACAGCAGAGAGAAUGUGAGAUACUGCAAGCAGAGAUUUCUGUUCAUCGGCAGAUUUUUAAUUGUAUUGUAUCAAAAGCACUGCAAAUGCUUGAGUCAGGAGAAGCAGAAAACCGGACUGAGUUUAUCUCCAGACUCACCAUGUUGAAGCAACAAUGGCAAAGUGUCAUCCACAUGGCUCAGAAGAGAAAGAGCGAAGUUGAUAGAUUUGCAAAGCAGUGGCAGAAAUUCACAACUUCAUUGCAGGACCUCACAAAGUUUCUCAGAGAUACCAGUGGCUUCAUAUCUGCCAUGAAGAGCCAGGACAAGUACAGCUUGGACCAAGUCAGGAAUCUGAGUCAUGAUGUCAAGAACAAGCAAAUCCUUCUUCAGAGGUGGCAAACCAGGUACUCAUUGACCUUGGACACUGGAAGAAAGUUGCUUGAGGCAGCUGCCCCUGAAGCAAAAGCAGCCAUACAACUUGAGAUGAGCCGGUUGCAAGAGAACUGGGACAAUACACAACUUCAAGUGGAGAAGAUUACAAAGCAGCUUCACAGCACUAUAGAAGCUUGGAAGAACUGUGAAAGGCAAGUGGAAGAGUUGAGCCAUAAUCUUCAAAAGCUCAAAACAAGAAUAAAAGACCCUCUUCCAGUAGAGCAUGAUGACCUUCAGGCAACCAAGGAACAAAUCAAGGACCUGGAGCAGUCCCUUGCCAACUGGAACCAAAAGGCAAAAGAACUUGGCACCAAGAAAGCGGAUCUGGCUCGCUACCUCCUUGCGGAAGAUGUGAUGGUGCUGAAAGAGCAAGUCCAACAUUUGCACAGACAGUGGGAAGAACUCUGUCUCAGAGUUUCUCUGCGCAAACAAGAGAUAGAGGAGCGACUCAACGCCUGGAUUGUGUUCAAUGAAAAGAAUAAAGAGCUCUGUGACUGGUUGGUGCAGAUGGAAAGCAGAGUGCUCCAGUCAGCUGACAUCAGUAUUGAAGACAUGAUAGACAAGUUGGAGAAGGAUUGCAUGGAAGAAAUCAACAUGUUCAGUGAAAACAAACUAAUUCAUCUCAAGCAAAUGGGUGACCAACUGAUCAAGGACAGCAACAAGAGCAGAGUGGCUGAAAUUGAUGAGAAACUCAAUAAAAUUAAUGACCGGUGGCAACAUCUCUUUGACGUCAUUGGAGGACGGGUGAAGAAGCUAAAGGAGACUUUUACAUUCAUACAGCAGCUGGACAAGAACAUGAGUAAUCUACGCACCUGGCUGGCCCGCAUUGAGUCUGAGCUCUCCAAACCUGUUGUUUAUGAUAUCUGUGAUGACCAAGAGAUACAGAAGAGACUUGCAGAGCAGCAGGACCUGCAGCGGGACAUUGAACAGCAUAGCGCAGGUGUAGAAUCUGUGUUCAGCAUCUGUGAAGUCUUGCUGCAUGACUCGGAUGCAUGUGCCAACGAAACUGAAUGUGACUCCAUCCAACAGACCACAAGGAGCUUGGACCGACGGUGGAGAAACAUCUGUGCCAUGUCUAUGGAGAGGCGAAUGAAGAUCGAGGAGACCUGGCGCCUAUGGCAAAGGUUUUUAGAAGAUUACUCUCGCUUUGAAGACUGGCUAAAGACAGCAGAGAGGACAGCAGCUUAUCCCAACUCUUCCGAGGUUUCAUACACAAAUGCCAAAGAAGAGCUGAAGAAAUUUGAAGCAUUUCAACGGCAAAUCCAUGAACGGCUCACUCAGCUGGAGCUGAUCAAUAAGCAGUACCGCCGACUGGCCCGUGAGAACCGCACUGAUUCAGCCAGCAGACUCAAGCAGAUGGUGCAUGAAGGCAACCAGCGCUGGGAUAAUCUGCAGAGACGUGUCUCAGCCAUUCUCAGGAGACUCAAGUACUUUACCAAUCAAUGGGAAGAAUUUGUGGGCACGAAGGACAGUGUUCUAGUGUGGCUGACCGAAAUGGACCUGCAACUAACAAACGUGGAGCAUUUCUCAGAGAGUAACUUUGAUGACAAAAUGCGGCAGCUAAACGGUUUCCAGCAGGAAAUAAUGCUCAACACCAACAAGAUUGAUCAGCUCAUUGAGUUUGGGGAGCAUCUGAUUCAGAAAAGUGAGCCAUCGGAUGCUGUCGUAAUUGAAGAGGAGCUAGAAGAACUCCACAAAUACUGCCAGGAAGUAUUUGGUCGUGUCUCCAGAUUCCAUCAAAGAUUGGCAUCCUGGCACCCAGGUCUAGAAGAUGAAAAAGAGUCUUCUGAAAACGAAGCUGAUACAGAAGAUGUAAGGGGGAUACAGAAUGAUCUAUGGCACAAGAAAGCUUUACAGGAGGUCCCACCACCCCACCAGUCACUCUGUCACCUCAUGCCCCCAGCAGUGAGUCACGAGAGGUCAGGCUGUGAGACACCUGUCAGUGUGGACUCCAUUCCGCUGGAGUGGGAUCACACAGGAGAUGUGGGAGGCUCUUCCUCUCCAGAGGAUGAGGAAGAAGAGCCAUACUACAGUGCACUCUCAGAUGUAGAAAUCCCUGAGCAUCCUGAGGCAUAUCUUAAAAUGACCACAAAAGCUUUGAGAGCAGCUUCUGGAAAAUCUGCCUCUGAAACACAUACAUGGCACUCCCCUGAAAGCCCAGUUGGUCGAAAACAUCCAUACAACCAAAGAGAAAUGGUUAGAGGUGUCUUGGCACACAGUCCAGAGACCAGCACACCCUUCAAAGCAAGCUAUGUAAAACAACUGAGCACUGGGAGCAUAGACAGCAUGAAAGAGAUCUCUGGGAUUUUGCCUAGUGAAGAACCCCAGGCGAACCAAAACCUCAUUGGUGUUGCAGCUGUUGAGAAACCACCAGGAACCAUGGAGAGAUGGGAGCUGCUUCAAGCACAAGACCUAAGCAACAAGCUAAGAUUGAAGCAGAACUUCCAGCAGUGGCAACAACUGAACUCUGACCUCACAAAUAUCAAUGCUUGGCUGGACACAAUGGAAGAAGAGCUGGAAGAGUUGCAGGAGGCAGAACCAGCAGACAGCAUCCAGGUCAUAGAACAGAGAGUCAAGAAGCUGAAAAAUAUGCUUAAAGCCUUUGAUAAUUACAAGGCCCUUGUGCUGUCUGUUAAUCUGACUAGCAAGGACUUCAAGCAGGCAGACAGCACCGGAUCCAAAGAACUUCAGAACAGACUUCGACGGGUCAAUUUACGCUGGGAGAAAGCAAACCUUUUAAUGGGGAACUGGAGGAAGAGUUUACAAGAAGCCCUGAUGCACUGCCAGGAUUUUCAUGAGUUGAACCAGAAACUUCUGUUGUGGCUGGCUUGUGCAGAAACGCGGAGGCAUCACACACAGGUUAAGGAUCCAAAUGCUGAUCCCCACACAAUACAGGAGAGUCGAAAGGAAUUAUUGCAACUAGAAAAGGAACUUCUGCAACAGCAGCUGCAAGUAAACACUCUACAGGAGAUAUCCACUUGCUUGCUUGUCAAAUCGGAUGGUAGAGAUUACAUAGAAGCCGAUGAAAAGGUCCAUGUCAUUGGGAAGAAACUAAAACAGCUCCUUGAAGGAGUUUCACAAGAUUUAAAAGUUUCACGGGGAAGCCAGGACAUCAGCGCAUUUCAGACACAAGUAGGUGAAGCAGACUCUGGAAGGUAUCACCAGAUAUCAGAAAAGCCUUCCACCUACAGGCACAAGGAUGAUGGAAGGAAGACCUUGGAGAAUAAAAGCAGCAGCAAUAUUAGAACGGAAGACAGAGAUGAAGCCAGUCCAACUGCCCCCAAGACCCUUUCCUUCUUUUAUCGUGUUCUGCGAGCAGCGCUACCUCUUCAGUUGCUCUUCCUUCUCCUGUUGUUUUUGGCUUCCUUGAUCCCUUCUUCUGAGGAAGACUACAGCUGUACCCUAGCCAACAACUUUGCCCGGUCGUUCUAUCCAAUGCUGCGGUACACCAACGGACCUCCACCAACUUAAAAGCCACUCGCUCCCCCCCCCCAUGUAUUUUGCACUCAACCAAAAUUAAUUUCCUCCACGGGUGCACUUUUUGUGCUGCUAACAUCAGUCCAGGGAAUUCACACAGCAAAAAUUUCUCUCUGGUUUCACCGUGAAUUCCCAUC